AUUACUUCGGUGAGUCAUAUUAAUGCGAGAAGAUAUCGAUUCUUGGAUUGCUAUGUUCGUCAUUGGUGAUAAGUUGGGGUAUAUCUAGGACCCUCUGACUUUCUCUGUCAAACCACGUGUGGUCAUAAACAAGAUGGGAAACUCAUCAAACCUGUGGUUUGCCCUCGCUGUGGUGCUUUAUUCUUUUGUCUUACUUGAACAAGCAGUCGGGAAAGAAAUACGGUUGCUAACCCAACGCGAACUGCUGAACAACCAAGAAAUUCAAAAUAAAGUUUCAGAAUGGUUGCAAAAUGACCGUGCACAACUUAUGCGCAAGAAGAGGGCAGAUUGCUGCGGACAUCUAGGAGAUGAUAACCAAGACGUUAACAAAGCGAGGGUGAAGAUUCAAGACUCGCCAUUGCAUCAAGACGUGAAAGACCCUGGAAAUGCAAGACGUUUGUCAAGACAUGCAGGCGAGCCCGCCGUUCCUUUGUUGCAAGAUACGAAGCAACAAAAAGAAGUAGCAGCGAGUACUGUCGAAGUUACUACUACCACCUCUUAAAAAGUUGUGAAAAUAAAAUUGAAAAACAAUCUAUGACACGGGAUUUGGACAGGCAUAAUUACUAUUAUUACUAUUACUAUUAUUAUUAUCUAAACAACUAAAAAAAAAAAAGUUUUACAUAUAAUACUAUUUUGUGAUAUGGCAAUUUAAUACUGAGUAUAUAAUGCUUAUUUGAAAAUCAAUUAAUAAAUGAUGUGAUGCUAAUAAAAUUUGUGAUGGAUCUAAU